AGUCGUAGUCCCGUUGGCGCAUGCGCCUAAUAGAAACCAUGCCCUGCUGUGGCGCCCGGGCUGAAGAUGCUGCGAAAGGUCGUUCUUUUGCGCCUCUGCCCACUGCUUGGCCGGCCAGCGGUCUCUGCAUCGAGCGGCAGUCGCAGGGAGGUCGCUUCUGGUGUCCCUCCUUCGGGCAGCACCUCGCCCAGAGCCCUAAACAUCUUCGACAGGGAAUUGAAGAGGAAGCAGAAGAAUUGGGCCGCCCGGCAGCCCGACCCCAUGAAAUUUGACUACCUGAAGGAGGAGGUUGGAAGUCGGAUUGCAGACCGUGUUUAUGACAUAGCCAGAGACUUUCCCCUUGCCCUGGACAUAGGAUGUGGAAGAGGCUACAUAGCACAACAUUUGGAUAAGGAGACUGUGGGAAAGAUCUUCCAAACAGACAUUGCAGAGCAUGCUUUGAAAAAUUCUUUAGAAACAGAUAUUCCUACUGUGAAUAUUUUAGCUGAUGAAGAAUUCCUUCCCUUCCAAGAAAACACGUUUGACCUGGUGGUUAGCAGCUUAAGUUUGCACUGGGUGAAUGACCUCCCGAGAGCACUUGAACAGAUUCAUUAUGUCUUAAAACCAGAUGGGGUGUUUGUUGGUGCAAUGUUUGGAGGCGACACACUCUAUGAACUCCGGUGUUCAUUACAGCUAGCAGAAACUGAAAGGGAAGGAGGCUUUUCCCCACAUAUUUCUCCUUUCACUGCUGUCAAUGACCUAGGGCAUCUGCUGGGAAGAGCUGGCUUCAACACUCUGACUGUGGAUACUGAUGAAAUUCAAGUUAACUAUCCUGGAAUGUUUGAAUUGAUGGAAGAUUUAAAAGGUAUGGGUGAGAGCAACUGUUCUUGGAACAGAAAAGCCCUGCUGCACCGAGACACAAUGCUGGCAGCUGCAGCGGUUUACAGAGAAAUGUACCGGAAUGAGGAUGGUUCCAUACCUGCCACCUUUCAGAUCUACCACAUGAUAGGAUGGAAAUACCAUGACUCUCAGGCAAGGCCAGCUGAAAGAGGUUCUGCAACCGUGUCAUUUGGAGAGCUAGCAAAACUAAAUGAUGUCAUGUCGCAUGAGAAAAAAUAAUAAAUACUUUGUUCAAUUGUUAUGUUUCCCAGAAUUUUCAUCAGAAAUAAAUAGCUUUCACAUUUAAACUAGUACAGUUUGAAGCAAGGUGCAACCGAUUGAGCUAUUUACUAGCAACCUAAUACUAACUCAUGCUUAGUAUUCCAAGUUCUCAUUUGUUUCUAUUUAUGUAAAGAUGCUGUUACAUAGUGACUGGGCAUCCUUGCAGAGUCAGCCUGAAAGCAAAGAAAAUGUGUUCCCGUGGGUGGGGUGGGGACCUAGAAACCGGUGCACAUGUGUGAGCACGUGACUUGAUGGGAACGCUUGCUCCAGCUCUGGUUCUGCACCUUUCUUCCCAUUGCUCCUUUGUUAUCGCUGUGGGAUGGUCACACCCCUGAAGACGAGAGGAAGGACAAAUUGCUGGGCUCCUGAGAGUUCCUGUGCAGUACAGUGAGAUCACUUCACAGUGCCUGCUGCAGACACUGAUGUCGGAAUUGUUUGUUGUACUUUUUGUAUUUUUGGAGUCAGAUCUCACUAUGGAGACUUGGUUGGCCUGGAACUACCAUGUAGACUAGGCUGGACUCUACUCGUAUUGACUCGUCUGCUUUAGUCCUGGGAUUACAGGCAUGCCUGUGGCCCGCCACACCUAGUAUUUGUCACGCUUCUGUCUUGUCCAGAUGACUAGAGGAUUCUAUACAGCCUCCGCAGCUACUCUGUAGCUUUGACCUUGAGACGAGCAUCUGUCUUUACCAGAUCCAUCCCUCUUUUCCUAGAUUUGUUAAUUCUGUUGUUGUGAUUUUGUUUUUAAAGUCUUAUUCUAUGUACGUGAGGAUCUUGCCGGCAUGUUUAUUUCACGUGCGUGCUUGGUGCCUGCGGAGACCAGAGAGGGCGUUUGGAUCUUGGAACAAUGCUAAGGAUGACUGGGAGCCACUUCAGGUUUGCUGGGAACGCUGCUCUAACAGUGAGCCAUCUCCAGCUCCUCCUCGCCUCGUUUACAAGCAUCCGAACUCUGUUCCUGCUUGUUCUUUUCUUUUCUUCUUUCUUUUUAACAUCUAGGGUCUGGGUUGCCUACACUACUUAAGAGAAGAAACCAUUUUAAAGAAUCAGAGGUAAAAUCUCACGUAGACACCAUUGCCCAGUGAUUAACAAGCUGUUUACACUCAGGCUUUCCUUGGUUAACUUUAGACCUAUUGCACUAUUAUCCUAAAUCCAGGUUCACUGUCUUGACAUCUCAGGGUCAGAAGAUUUGGAGGCAGUGAAAAGCUUGCCCUGGGCUUUGCCUUGGGACAUGUGGUCUCUAACCACUGCUCCUGUUUGGGUGUUUGUGGACCGUAGGAGUUGAGGCCAGGAUGGAGGAAGUUGCCACUAGGGGCAAGCCUUGAUGUUUGCUGGAUGUCCUGACUCUGGUCGCUUUGCUUCUUGAUUUGCUCAAAUAAGAGCAAGUGUACUCUGCUGACGCCCACAGAGCUGUCCUUGCUGCCUUGCCUGUCCUGUCCUCAUGGCCAGUCCAAAACAGUCUUCCCUUAUCUCUUCUUCUCAGGUAUUUAACCAUAGUGCCAGGCAAAGCAACGAAUGCAGUAGCAAAACUCACUACGUUGUCCUAUCGAGAAUUUUUGCAAAAUUUGUUAAAUUAUUAAAUGGCAUAUGGAAAACAA